UUGCUAUCAGUAUUCCACAUCAUAGCAUCAUGUAAAGCAUGGAUAAUUUUACCAAAUGUGCAGCUCAUGGAAGAAGCCUACGUAUCCCAGAGAACAUCGUGGUCAGGGACAAGUCACGGGACAAGAACGCUGUAUGAUCUCACUUUGGGGCUGGACUUUCUCUCUUGUAUCCUCGGAGCCAGGGAGAAGCGUGUGGGAGCCUUCCAGCCGUUUCGCCUAGAGCUAAAGUAGGCAUCUCGGUUUUGGGACUCUCUCUCCUAUUUUGCUUGAUUCAUUAGCCUUAAUUUCAAUUAUAUUGUAUUAUAUUGUGUUAUCCUGUAUUUCGAUAUAGUAUUUAGUAAAUAAGUGUGCCUCCUUAGAUCGUUGCCGCUGUUUCUUUUUUCCCUUUCCUUUUUUUGGCCAGUGGCCCUGUGGGCCAGCUGCCCCCUGCCCAUCAUGGGUGCAGGUAGAUUUUUGGUAAACCCGUGACAGAUUUUGGUGGAAAAUGUGGGCGUAAGUUGCUCUUUUCUGUUUUUUUUUUCUGCUGUUCUUUUAGCUUUUUACAGAGCUACGAGUAUUUUUUUUGUUGUUGUUAAGGAGCUAUCUAAAGUUUACAUUUUUGCACCUGGGAGCUUGACCUUGAAAGUCCAGGCGGACUGCCAAUACUCCGGGAUGCUUUGAAAACACUGUUGAACUCUGCUAUUUUUGCUAUUGAAGAGAAAAAAAAAAAAAAAGAAAGAAAGAAAAAGAAAGUGUUCUUAGUAAAAUUGUUUUAAUAGGGACUGCAUGCUAUUGGUUCCUCUCCAAUAUGCUCCUCUCCAAGAUGCUCCAAGCAUUGUGGGCCCUAAUUAAGCUCGCCACUUUUCUCUGUGGAGCUAUAGAAAUAUAUUAUCAAUUGAAAGCACUGUUAGCAACGCUUACUUGGUACCUGCAUACAGCUCUAGAAGGAGCAACUAAUUUUAUAGAAAUAGUGGUUUUUGAGCAUGCUCCUCGUCCCUUCUUUGAAUCCUUUAUGCAGUUUUUGAAUGAUCAGUUGACCACACUGUCAACUGUGUCAAUCGUGUUAAUCUCCCUGAACUUACUGUUGAUUAUUUUACUUAUCGGUAUCAGGAUUUAUAACAUCCUGAGGAAGCCUUCCACAGAACAAGAGAAUGCUGAAUGGCAGGGAGUGAGGAGAGGCUUUGGAGAGACUUUUAAAUGACAGACAUCUUCAGUGUCAUGGAGCUUUACUCCUGAACACUUGAAGAAUCCCGAGAGUUUGAUCGCAUAUUUGAGGCAGGAAUGUUGUGGAUCGGGCAGAUCUAAGGAGGCACAAAUGACUUGGGGCCUGGCUAAUGCUUAUCAGGCCUCAUUCAAUACCAUUCCAGAGAGGGAAAAAGUUUUUGAAGCUGAGAGAGAGAGUCUCAGAGCUGAGAAAGAGAGUCUCAGAGCUGAAAGGGAGAGUCUCAAGGAGACAGUACAAAAUGAGCAAGAGAGUAUCCAGGCCAAGCAAAAGAAACUCCAGGCUGAGAAGGAGAAUCUCCUAACUGAGAGAAAAGAUCUCCUAUAUCAAAGAGACACCUUCUGGUAUGAGGGAGAGGCUCUCCGAAAUGAGAAAAGCUCCCUGCAAUCCAAACUUGACACCCUCCAGUCCGAGCACGUCACUCUCCAGUCUGAGCACAAUGCCCUCCAGUCCGAGUGUGACACCCUCCAGUCUGAGUGCGACACUCUCCAAUCCAAACGCGAUGCCCCCCAGUCUGAGCACAACAUCCUCCAGCUUGAGUGUAACACCCUCCUAUCCGAGCGAGACACCCUCCAGUCAGUGAAGCAACGGGUCCUUGAGAGACAGACUCAUGAACUGGAUUUGGGAGAAAAAGGGAAAUACAAGUUCACUGUCACAGAUCUUGAAGCAGCAGCCGAACAGGGAGCAUCGAAGGAGAAAUUAGGUGGUCCCACAAAGGCUCUGGAUGCCACGAGCAACCUUCAAAGAGAAGGAGGAGCUUUGAAGAAAACGAAUGAUUUUACAAACAGUGAACUCCAGGAGAAAGAUCGCUCCAUGGAGAAGAGUGCAGAACAGUCUGCAGAGACUUCACCUUCUGUGGUGCUUGAACAUGUUGAAGGAUGCAAUGCAAAAUACAUACAGAUACUGUUGGAGAACGUCACCCGCUUAGCUGCAGAUGAUGACUUCACUGUGGAAAUGAUACCGGAGUUAAAUGUUGCGGUAGCUACUUUUCUAAGCAGUAUUGAUAUUCAAGAAUUCAUCAACAAAUUUGCAGAAGACAAAAGAGUGAAAAGAUACAAAAUAACCUCCAGGCUUCUUGAAGUGACUCGCAGCAUCAAGGUUGAAAACAUACCAGAUAACGUUUCCACAGGCUAUCUCAAAGUUUAUUUCGAGAGCACACAAAAUGGAGGUGGGCCUGUGUCAGACAUCCGGCUCUUCCCCGAGGAGAACUCGGCCAUCAUUACAUUCUGUGAUCACAAAGAUGUAAUCACUGUCUUGGAAAAGCAGCAUUUACUUGAACAAACACCAGUUUCUGUGCAUCCCUAUUACCACUCCCUGGGAACAGCUCUGUAUGGAAAAGAAAGACCAGCUACCAAGAUGCCAGAGUCUGUGGUGAUGCCACUAGAUCCCUAUGUCUGGCAGUUUUUACAAAGGCAACAUAAACUGAUUGAAGCCAUAAACCAGGAAAUGGCCGGUCACCACUGCUGUCUAAAAUGGCCACAGACAGAUUGUGCUCAACCAGAAAUCACGCUGUGUCCAUCAUCAUCUCUCUCUGAGCAGAGGGAAACGAUGUUUAAAUUGAUCAAGACCUGGAAGCAAGAUGUUUCUACUGAGUUCUCACGUAUCAUGUCACGUUACAUAGCUACAAAGUGUAAAGUAAAUUCAGCAAAGUGGAAGGAUGUGAAGAGCAGGUUGAUGAAAGAUGCCGAUUUGAUCAUAACUGAUAUUUCUGAGGAGAUGGUGGUGAUAGCAGGCAACAGAGCAGCUGUGGACACUGCAGAGAAAGAAGUGGGGGAAUGCAUGAGAAAAGCCAUAAAGGAAAGUGAAGGGAAACAACAGAACGUUGAGAUUUCUGUGUCGGUCACCCCAGGGAAGUAUGCAGUUCUGCAUAAUGCUGGGCUAGAAGAGAAUAUUCACAAAGAAUAUCCAUGCUUAAAGAUCUCUUAUGAUGACACAAAAAAGACAGUGCAGUUGUGUGGAUUAUCUGCAGAAGUUUACAAAACCAAAGCCAUCUUACUGGAAAAGGUACUGUAUAUGCCCUCGACUUCGGUUAGUGUUCAUCGCGAUGUUUUCCUACAUCUACAGUGUGUAAAUAGUAAGACAAUGUCAGAGAUGUUAUUUGCUGCAAAAAAGAUUAAUGCUUUUUAUGAGCUCAAGGAUAACACUGUGAUGCUGUUUGGAGAGACUCAUAAAGAUCUGUUGGAAGGAGAAAAGCAGUUAAAAGCAAGCCUAACGUAUAAAAGCAUUGACAUGAAGGACUGUGAACUCACUAAAAUGAAAGAGUGGAGUCAUCUGCUGGACUCCUUGCAUAAGAAGUACCCCUCUUUCCAGGAAACUGUAGUCAUCCGUGAACCUGUUGGAAAUGAAAAUACAGUGGUUAUUACUGGCUUUACUGAGACUGUAGAGGCAGUUUAUCAGAACCUUUAUGAUUUUAUAGAUAGAAACACGCGGGUGGAAAGAGAAAUCCCCGCUAAAUUGAUGGCAGCGGUGCAGUUUGUAGAGAAGGAGAAAUCUGCUCUUUGUGAUGAACUGAGGAAGAAGGGUGUGACAAUACGCUUUCAUACCGAGACACCACGUAUUUCUCUGAGUGGACCUAGAGCAGAAGUGCCAAAAGCAGCCACUGAGUUGGAAAAAAUUAUCUCAUCCCUUUACUUGAAGGAUGUGUCAAUUGAUAAACCAGGGGCAAAGCAGUUCUUCAUUGACAGGAAAGAUGCGUUUAUUUUUGAGGCAAAGCAGAAGUUUAAUUGUCUGAUUAGGCUGAAGGAAGAAGAACAACAGAAGAGUGAAAAUGUUGAUAAAAAAGAGGAAAGAAAGCUGUACCACAAGCAAACCCUACAAGGUGGCAUUGAAGUGCUGGUGUAUAAAGGUAAUUUGUGUAAUUACCCAGUCGAUGUUGUGGUGAAUGCAUCAAACAAAGACCUGAAACACACCGGUGGUCUCGCUUGGGAACUGCUCCAGGCAGCUGGUCCAGAGCUGCAGGCUGAAUGUGAUGAGGUGGUGAGGAAGAUGGGGCGUCUGCAGGCUGGGAACGCAGUGAUCACAGGAGCGGGGAAGCUGCCCUGCAAACAGGUCAUCCAUGCUGUUGGGCCCCGGUGGAAAGAGAAGAAUGCAGGAAAGUGUGUGCACUUGUUAAGACAGGCCAUUAAAAUGAGCCUGCAGCUGGCUGAAACGUAUAAUCAUCGCUCCAUAGCUUUCCCUUCUGUAAGCGGAGGGGUUUUUGGCUUCCCGCUGCACAAGUGUUUAAAUGUGAUUGUGUCAUCUAUCAAGAUAGCCCUGGAAGAACUCAACAGGGACAGCUGCUUGAAGGAGAUCCAUCUUGUUGCCAUUGAUGAAAAAACAGUUCAGGUUCUGAGUGAGACUGUGCAAAAAGUGUUCACAGCUAAGCCAUCCUCCUCAGUGCCACAGCAGGGAUUCAAUACAGAUCACAGGCAGGGGGAGAGCCAGAAGGAGAAGAGAGGACAGGAUCUUUGCAUGGCUACAGAUGGUGAGAAGAUGAUUAUAACCGCAGAAGGAUUGUGCAUCCGAGUGGAGAAGAAAGACAUUACAGAUGCAACGACGGACAUUAUCGUCAACAGCGUUGGCACAGAUUUGGAGUUUGGUGUGGGGCCUCUCUGCAGUGCCUUACUGAGAGAGGCUGGACAACAGCUCAGGAUGGAGUUUGACAGAGAAAGAGGACAACAGGCAACGGGUAGUGGGUGUGUGCUUUGCACAAGUGGAUGUACUCUGGCUUGCCAGUUCGUGUUUCAUGCUAUACUUCCUCAGUGGGACAGAGGAAGUGAGCAGGCCCUGAAGGCCCUGGAAAACACAUUCAAUUUGUGCUUGUUGAAAGCUGAAGAAUUUGGACUGAAUUCCAUCACUUUUCCAGCUAUUGGAACUGGAGGAUUUAGAUAUCCUAAACCAGUUGUUUCUAAGUUAAUGUUUGAUGAAGUAUUCAAGUUCAGCAGCAGUCGCACUCGGAAGAGUCUCCAGGAAGUUCAUUUUCUCUUGCACCCAGAUGAUGUGUACAACAUUGAGGCUUUUACCAGUGAACUAAAACGUAGGGUAGCUGGGAUGCGCUGUGAUGCAGUGCCACGGAUGGAGUUCAUCAGCCCUGUUUCAACUGAAGCAUCAGGAGAUUAUACGAUGCAGAUUGGUUCCAUUACUCUCAAAGUAAUUUGUGGAGAUAUUAUCGAUGAAGACACAGAAGUUAUUGUAAACAUAUCAAAUCGAACAUUAGAUGCCAAGUCAGGGGUUUUCAAAGCUAUUAUGGAUGCUGCUGGUUCUGAUGUAGAAGAAGAAAUUGAUCAAUACGCUGGACAGGUUCAAAGUGGUUUUAUUACCACAGAGGGUGGUGCACUGUCAUGCAGGAAAAUCAUCCACUUGAUUCACAAUAUGAAUGUGAAGAGUCAGGUCUCCAAAGUGCUUCAUGAGUGUAAGCUGAGGAAGUACGAAUCUGUUGCCUUCCCAGCAAUUGGAACAGGUGCUGCACAACAGAGUCCAGCAAAAGUAGCUGAUGAAAUGUUGGAUGCUAUAGUGGAAUUUGCAAGCAGUAGAUCAGUAAAGUAUUUGAAGGAAAUUAGAAUAGUCAUCUUCCAGAAACACAUGCUGAAAGACUUUUAUGAAAGCAUGAAGAAAAGAGAACAUUCAGAUUGGUUUGAACCACAAACAUGGAUAUCUACGCUAAAAUCGUAUUUUUGUGACAAAAAAAAAUCCUCUGAGAAGAUAAAGCUCUCGGUUUUGGAGAAGAAAGUUGAUACUGUUAUAUUUCAAAUUUGUGGAGAAAGCAAAAAAAAUGUGGAUGCAACCGAAUCCUGGAUAACAGAUUUGAUUUUAAAGGAACAGCUUGAAAACAAGAUUGUAGAUGACCUGAUUGAAAAUUUUGAUGAGAGAGAAAUUGAGACUUUGGCAAAUCUGCAAAGAGGAAAACAUGUUACCAUUCAGCUUGAUAAGAACCACUCUCCACCUUGCAUUACGAUUUCUGGUAUUAGCAGGGAAGUCUGUUCUGUUUCUGUGGAAGUUCAAAAAAUGAUCCAAAAAAUAAAGACGACUCAAGAGGAACAAUUCAAGGCAGAGCUUGUUUACAACCUAGUAGAGUGGAGGUAUCAAAUCAUCGAUGAUGGCUUUGUUGCUUUUGAUAAACUGACAAAUAUGCAGCUGGAAGAUGCCAAGAUGGGUAAAAAACCACAUCUGACUAUCAAAAUUAACAACAACUCCUACAGGGUGGAUCUGAAUACUCUAAAGGCUCAUGAUGACCAAGGAAGAACUAUAAGCAUUCAACGUGCGCCAAAGAAUGAAGAUAUGCAGCCGGUAGAUUUCCCUGCAAAUUGGGAAGACAUGCAAGGGGAACGGGUCAAACUGGUGGUCCUCACACGGUCGUGCCAGGAGUAUCUUGAAGUUCAGAAGAGGUUUCAGAAAACUGCUCACAGCUGUACCAUAGAGAAGAUUCAUAGAGUACAAAAUCCCUUCCUCUGGCAGACCUACCAAAUCAAAAAGAAGUCUCUUUGUAUGAAGAACAGAAGUGAAGAUAACGAGAAGCUGCUGUUUCACGGAACAGCUAAAAGCUCAGUGAGCGCAAUCAACUACAAUGGAUUUAAUCGUGGUUUUGCUGGCAUCAAUGCUGCAAACAUUGGAAAUGGAACCUACUUUGCCGUUAAUGCAUCUUACUCUGCUCAGGAUACUUACUCAAGACCAGAUUCGAAUGGCAGAAAAUACAUGUACCUGGCUCGGGUCCUCACAGGGGAGUUCUGUGCUGGGACCAAAGGGCUGCCCGCCCCACCUCCAAAAUGCUCAGCAGAUCCUACUGACCUGUAUGACAGCGUAGUUGAUGAUGUGAGUUCUCCAAAGAUGUUUGUCAUAUUUAAUGACAUUCAGGCAUAUCCAGAAUACCUUAUCACUUUCAGAAAGUAGAAUACUCUUUUGUAGUCUAAAAAAUGCUGCUGCCUUUUCUAUAUAAAAUGUAACAGGGCAUUUCUUGAUUGCUGUUUACACUUAGGUCUCUGAAGAGCUUUUUAAAUCUACCUACAUUUUAAGUUUAAAUAAGUCUUCAUAGUCACCAAGGUCAGGAUAAGAAAUUAUUUUAGAAUGCACUAUUUUAAUACUCACCAUCCAAAUUCAGUUCUGCAGAGGCGUGGGCAAGAGUUGUGAGAACAGCCUAGACUUCUUCCCAAGCAAGGCAGAUGGGAACUAGUAGGGAGGGGAGCUGCUGUGCCACACCAGACCUGUUGCCAUCUAUGCACGCUCCUACUUUAGAUUUGCCGUGUGAGGUUUUCAAGAACAGGGCAGAUGUGGCUCUGAAGGGCAUGGUGGGGUUGAGUUGAUGAUUGAACUAGAUUGAUCUUAGAGGUCUUUUCCAACCUUAAUGUCUGCGUGAUUCUAUGCAUUAUGUACAUCCAUGUACAAAGCCAUUGCUUCCCGAGUUUUUAGGAUAGUAAAGAGUGAUGAAUUUCUGCUGGAUGGAAUUACACCAUUAACCUUUCUGUAGAAGCACUACUUUGGACAGAGUUACCUAUAGGGCUGUUCAGUGGGGGCACACAUGUUCUAGGGACACAUUAUAUGUACACUCUCAAACCAUUUGAAAAUAGUUUAUAAAGUUAAUAGGUAAUGAUAUGCAUAGCCCUGGACCUAUGCAGACUGUGCACUUAUCAUCUUGUAACUGUGUGUGUUUCACUUUAAUAAAAGUAGUUACAAAUAGA